AUGGGAUUUAUUUUUCAACUCUUAGAAGGCGUCAAGUUAUCCUUGACGGUAUUUCAGACGGGAUCCUAUUGCUCGAAAACCGUCAGGCAAAUCCCUGAUUAUGAGGAACUUGCUGUUCUUGCAGCUGAGACACUUUUUUCAAUAAAUGAAGUAGAGGUAUUAUUUGAACUGUUUGAGAAAAUCAGCAGGUCCAUUAUUGAUGACGGGCUCAUCCACAAGGAAGAGUUUGGCUUAGAAAAGAAUCUAUUUGCAGACAGGUUAUUUGAUUUGUUUGAUAUUAAAUGCAAUGGAGAAAUUGAAUUUGGUGAAUUCGUUCGAACUCUGGGUAUUUUUCACCCAAAUGCACCAACAGAAGAUAAAAUUUUAUUUGGAUUCAGACUGUACGAUCUUAGGCAGAAUGGUUACAUUGAGAAGCAAGAGCUAAGGGAGAUGGUACUAGCAGUACUAUCGCACGAAUCAGAGCUCCUACUCUCGGAUCAUUUCGUUGAAAUAAUUGUGGAUAAGACAUUCAAAGAUGUAGAUACGAGAGGUGAUGGCAGGAUUGAUCUAGAUGAAUGGAAAUGUUUUGUAUUAAAGAAUCCAUCUCUUCUGAAGAACAUGACUCUUCCUUAUCUGAAGUCUGAUAACCUCUCAAAGUUGUCGUUCAUAACAAACUGUGAGAAAGAAUCUGGCAGAGAUUGGAGUACUAAAUCAACAUUCAGCUCCUGA